GCUCAAACUAGAUCAAUCAUUUUGCGAAUUUUGCAAACACUAAACAAUAGCAUUAGCAAGACGGGAUCAACUUCAACAUCAUAUCACCCUCUUCACCGAGAUGAAAACGCAAGGGAAAAUCUAAUAGCCUAGUUACAACUCACCCGGAUGCUAUUAUCCUUCGUCCAUGUAGUCAUCGACUCCCGGCGCCGUACACUUUUCAGCGACCGAAACAACAACUGUCUGAUUUAUUGACUUGAGACGAGGAGCCUCCUAAUUAACCUAAAGUUUAAGUUUCCAAUUGAUCCUAACGCAACCACAUUCGAAGUUCAAGCCCUGUUUUUGUUUUGCCUACCGUUUCACAACCGGCGCAAAGAAUCUUCAGAAAGAAAGUUACAUUUUUUAGCAACGACAAGUGCAAAUAGGACCUCGAUCAUCUGAAAGCGUCACCAUGUUGAAGCCCACGCCGUAUAAAAAUAACGAGUGAUAUUUUUAUCAUGGGCGAACCAGGAGGUAGCGUGGGAAAAAUUUCGUAGUUUUUUUGCUCAGACUUGGCUUUACGGGCCCACGACGCACGCCUCGGAAUCCGUGACGAGCGCGUGCCGCCGUCGUACCGCCGGAGGGACGAGGACGCUUUCUGAACCCACUUGCUGUGGAGGUUCGCGGUUUUUGGCAUUCCGCAGAGGUGUGGAACAAGUCUGACGCGCCGACGACAAAAGUACCUGCAGAACAAUGUGGGUCGAAGUACUGGUAGCGAUUGUGAUCGUGGUGAUCACGGCCACAGUAGUAAACUGGUACCUACGAACCUCGGAAGCCAAGCGAACUUCAUGGCUUUCAAAGGAACUCGGCGUGCCAGACAUAUACAAAUGGGACGGUAAGUAAUUAUGCAACAGCUCCUGUAGUGUACAGCUUGCUACAGUUGCAAACUUGUUACCCUGGCUGGCGUGACGCCCUUAUGUUCGUUGCAGUAUCGCACUCAUCGAUUAUCUGUGAAUUACUUGGACAAAAGUGAAUUUUGUUGUAAAUUGAAAAAUAUUCACAGAAGCACUAAUUGACCGAGUCGAGGAUGCGUAUUUCGACGCCCUGGAGGAGGCAGAAAAGCACUACUGCGAGGUCAACAAAAUAGGGGCCGAAGACGAGUUGGAGAAAGUCUGGCCGUCCAAGCUUGACAAGGAAUGGCGACAUCGAAUCAAGUACUCUUUUCUUUGAAAAGCAAUUUUUUUCUCGAGCUUGGUAGAUGAUCAUCAUGUUGGUAAUUGUUCUUGUAUAUAUCACACCACUCUGCUGGCUUAGCAAGAUUAAGAUAAGUAUCGUCCUCCACCACGAUCGAAAUCGAUGAAAUAAUUCGUCGUUCUACAUAAUACUUCAAAAAAAAACUUUUAACAGGAUGAAACUGAUGGAGCGGACGAUGGCUUGGGUGCACCUGUAUCGGCUGAUGGAAGCAGAAUUGAAGCGAUCACAGCCCCUCUGGCGACAAAACAUCAUUUCUCCGAGCUACUGGCAGUCCCUGAAACGAGCAGAAGAAAAACUGGAAAAGCAGUUUUCCCUCAUAAAAAAAGAAGUCGCAAUCGUAUUGAAUUCAACUUGGUUACUUGCCGUGAUUCUUCGUCCUCCUUUUUUCUGUUUCUUGCGACUGCGACAUAAUUUUUUGCAUACUUUGUUUUGAAUAUGAGUGUGCUUUUCUUCGAACCUGACAGAUUGACCCCGGCUCAACCAACCAGACGGAGAUUUUUCGCGAAAGUUGCAAGAUAAUAGAUGCGUACGGCUAUCCACCAAAAGUGCCAGAGGAAAAGCCGAAAGCAGAACCGCCUGGCAUACGAAACGGAAAGAUCAUCGAGAAGUGCAGCGACAAGAAAACGUAGACAUAUUAACUUUUGUUUGUGUUAUAUAGUUUUUCCGUUUUGAUCGCUGACAAGAUGUAGGCAGAACAAGUGAAGUGGGAGCGAGUUCUGUGAUUUGUAGCAUAAAAGUGCAACUACAUCUGGCACUUUAGGCAAAAACAUUUUUGAUGAAAUCAUCCAAACGCAAAGAAACAUAAACAGCUACGAGCUCGUUCAAGGCCCGUCUGACGCGGAGCUCGUGGUUUACAUGCCGAAGGGCACAUUAGCAAAGGAGGUGCGUGUCCGCGUGCAGAGGAAAAGCAUCCAAAUUUGGCGAAAGGGUGAAACCAUCUUCCACAAAGAACUCCCGGACACUGCCACGGUGCGACCAGAUCCCACAUGGCAACUCGCAAAAAAAGUAGGGACAUUUUCAUUCUUCAUCGUUGGGUGUCAUGCAACUUGUUACGGGGGCCUGCGAGGAUAACGAUAAGUGUGAUAGCGAUUUUUAGAAGUUUUACCAGUUCUUCUUCCUCGUCCCUGCGAUGAUUCCAUGCUUUGAAUUGAACAUAUUGAACAAUCUUCCUCAGGGUGACUUCGAAGCUGGCGAUGUGGUGCUUCUCAGCGGACUUUCAAAAGACGACCUAAACGGCCAGAAAGGAAAGUACUUACUCUCUCAGUCAGAUUGUGGUUUUGCUUGUUGACUUCUUCAGUUAAGAAGUCAUGUUCUUGUCCUUCGGAAGGCUUCGUUCUGAACCUAUUUCAUUUGUCUAGUGUUAUCGAACAUGAAAAACUGCCUGAAUUAGCCUAUAGAAGAUCUGAUUCUAGAUCGCAAAAAAUAAUACAAAUACACCGCAAAUCCAGGGUCCUGAAGAACAACAAAGAAACCCUGGCGAAGGGACGCAUUCGCGUGGACCUGGGCACGGGCAACCCUCUGUCGAUAAAGCCUGCCAACCUGACCAACGAGGAGGAGUUCCGGAAAACGGGUCUUGUCAUGAGUCUGGAAAAGGAAAAGCAAAAUACCGUGUGGCCAAUGCCCCCAUGGAACGAUGGCGCAGACGAGGAGUCGGCGUUGCCACAGUAAACAAAGCAUAAGCAACGAGUAAUAGAGCUGCACUACGACAUCUUCGGAAGGACGAUAGCGAAGCAAACCGAUCGUACAUCACACUCGUGCGAAUCGAUCGAGGCGAUUCAUGUUUACCAAACUCAACAGUUUAACAAGUCAAACAAGUUUGCGUUUUUUUACUAGUAUCACACCCCGACGCGAUAUCCUCGUGUCUCUCCAUAGAGGUCUACUUAGCGUAUGGAUGUACUUUAUCAUUGUCAAAGAUUUUUUCAAUCGCUACUGCGUGUACAACAAUGACGCGAACGUGAUGAAGAUUUUGCUGUCGCUUCAUUUUCAGGGUUAUUCCAAAUGAAACGGACGGUGGCGCCUUUUUUUUGCUGCCACACGAUCCACAUCGCGUAUAAUUUGUUGAACGAAUGAACCCGCGACCCUAGCUGUGUGCGAUUUCCGUCCCAGUGGUUAUCGUGUGCAUUCAUGAUCGACGAAAAUCAGAAUUUUGAAAAUUUCGAAGAAACAGAGCGGCAAUGAAAUUAUGCAUUCGUGGAAGCGACGAGAGAACUCGAUCAAUUGCAAGCAGCUUGUCUUUGAUGUAGUUGCGCAAACAUCAACGGACGGUGUGGCCGCAGUUGGCACCUUUUUCGCAAAGACCAUCAUUUGAUUUCAACAGCGUUCACGACCCUUUUCAGCAGGAAAUCGUGCGGUGCUUGCCA